GCGUGUUGCCACCCCGCAUUCCCUAUCCGUACACGCUCGCCGGUACGCACACUUCCACAGCGCUCGCCAACCGGAGCCUCGAAGGUGCCGCAAUUUUCCAUCCAAGUUCACUGUUCUUCGUGAAGUUGUCCGACCGCAUUGUAAAAUCCUUCGGAGGUACCAGACCGUGUCAAUACACCAGAAAACCAGCUUCAAAAUGUUCGUCUCGUCAGCUGCUCGUAUUGCUCCAGUCGCCCGCAACCUGGUCCUCAAUGGAACCAAAGCCUACCUCCGACCAUUGAGCUCCGCCGUCAUCAGCCAGAGCCAAACCCUGGCCGCUCAGAGCAGCACCCCAGUUGCCCUGCUGCCACAGGUCCGGUCAUUCCAGACUUCCCCGGCCACUCGGGAUAUCGAUUCGGCCGCGAAGUUCAUCGGUGCUGGUGCCGCCACCGUCGGUGUCGCUGGAUCUGGUGCUGGUAUCGGAACAGUAUUCGGUUCCCUCAUCAUCGGUUACGCCAGAAACCCAUCGCUCAAGCAGCAGCUGUUCUCGUACGCUAUCCUGGGAUUCGCCCUGUCUGAAGCCAUGGGUCUGUUCUGUUUGAUGAUGGCCUUCUUGCUGCUCUUCGCUUUCUAAAGCAACCCAACCCAACAUCUUUAAAAUAAAGCGUAUAAGAAACAAACAUCUUUUUAAUGCUCUUAAAGUAUAACAUCAAUAAUAAGAAAAAAAAUCCGUAAAAGUAAAAUUGAGAAAAAAUGUGUGUUGCUGUCUAACAACUUCUAGAGAGAAUUUUCUUCGAAUCAAACCGAGAGAGGUGCAAAAAUCAAGAUCAGAAAGAGUCGCGCGCGGGAAGGCAAAAGAAAAAGGUGUGCGCCGUUCUGCAAUAAUAGUUAUUGCGAGCGGUCCAUCCCUGAAGAACAAUAGAGAGAGAUAUUGAUUAGGAAUUACCAAUUACGACCACCUGCCAUCGAAUAACACUUUUAGAUCCUAUGCGACGACGACGACGAAAGACUAGCCAUGAAAAAAUUAUGCCGGAAGUGGAAGUAUUAGCGAAACGCGUUCGUCGUUCCCCGCAAUCCGAGCAGAGCGUGCAUUCCGUUAAUUGUUUCAUGGGUAUUCCUAAGCGAAACCUCCGAAGAUCCAACAUCAGUCUGAAUUUAAGCAUACAAAAAUCGUGAAAAAAGUUAGGACAAAAAAAAAAACAAAUAAAGCGAAGACACGCUUCAAGGCUCUGGACGUUUUGAACCGAAACGGAAACUGCUGGGAAGCAAAACGAGGGAGGAAGGAUUUGGGCAAUCCACCAGCAACCAACAGUGUGCUAAAACAAGGGAUCUCUUAACUACAACAACUUCGAGAAAGCAGUCACCUCCACGGACGUGGCCCUGGACCAGAACAAAGCGAACCGCUCUGAUCCCGCCCCUUUUGCUCCGGAGGUUGUUGAGAUCAUUUCCGUCUCCCCGAUUCCCACCGCUCGGGAUGCUUAAUUUGGGAGGAUUACGUCGCGGGUGCUGCGGAAGAGGGAUGACCACCGGUAUGGCAGGUCCCAGCGGAUGCGCGCGUCUGCUGUUUUGCGUAAAGAGAGAGAUAGGAACUGUGAUAAUAGGCACCAAACAGCAAGCAGCCCAUUCAUUUCGCUUUCGAACCCGCGUCCGUGGAGUGUUUCCAACUUACAACACUAGCUUACACUAUCAAUUAAAACAUAGGAAAACGAAACAUACACUACCAAAAUUCGUUCUGCUUUUCAAUGAAAAACAAAAAUUACCACGAACAUCGCCAGGGUAAUUGUUAAAAUAAGAAUCGUUAAUAAAAAAAAUGAAGACUAGUUACUGGUACAAAAACCGAGGAUAAGAAAA